CGCCAUUUAUCACGAAGAACAGUUUGAGCUCUCAAUCGAAAUCUCUCAUCUGAAGAAAGAGGUGACGUCACUGAAGACAAAGAUGAUGGAGAGAGAUCUCGUUUCAUCCACCACCUGUUUAGCGCGAGUUAAAGUUGAGAUUGAGCUGGAAAAGGUUUCCUGUCAAUCUUCAGUGUGUGUGACUGAUGGGACCUCCACAGAAUGUCAGGAUUCAGUGUGGAGCGGCAGAGAUCAGUCCACACCACAGUGGCUGCUGGACAAACUCUCUGAACAGAGAUCCAGAGACACACAGGACUCACAGCUCACUUUACUCUGUUCUACUGAUGCUCAGGAGAGUGUGUGUAACAGUAAUCAGGGUGAUCAAACCUCCACAGAGUCUCUGACUUCUGUCUGUAAUGCUGGAGAACAGCAGAUGCUGCAGACACCAGUGAAGAUUGAAGUGAAGCAGGAGGAGAUAAAAGAUGAAAACACAGCAGAGGAACAACAGAGUGAUGAAGAUGAUCAUGAACAGCAGAUGCUGCAGACACCAGUGAAGAUGUGUUCAGUGAAGCUGCUGGACUGCAGGAAUUUGAUGAAGAUGAGAGGAGAAAUCACAGAAGAGGAACAACAGAGUGAUGAUGAAGAUGAUGAUGAUUUUAUUCCCUCAGAGCUGAUGGAAGUGAAAGAGAAACUUCAGAAUCAGAAACUGGAUUUCACAACUGGAGAAGAGUCUUUGAGUGGCUUAAAGAAGAAGAAGAAUUUCUCAACAAAAAAGCCUAAAAAAAGUGCAGCAAAUAAAUCUUUCACCUGCUCACAAUGUGGAAAGAGUUUCACACGUAAAAGCAAUCUUAAUGACCACACAAGAGUUCAUACUGGAGAGCGGCCUUACACGUGUCAUCAGUGUGGGAAAGCUUUUAAACGUAAAUAUCGUCUUAAUACCCACACAAGAAUUCACACAGGAGAGAAGCCUUACACGUGCCAUCAGUGUGGAAAAAGUUUUGCAUAUGUACACCAUCUCAAUAACCAUCUCCAGUAUCACUCUGGAGAAAAGCCAUUUGAAUGUGAUAAGUGUGGUAAAACAUUUGCUUUGAAUUCAGUCCUAAAAAAACACCUGAAAACUCACACAAAUGAGAAGCCUUACAAGUGUUCUUUUUGUGGAAAGAGUUUUGCACACCUGAAUUAUUUUCAGGAUCACCAGACAAUGCAUACAGGUGUGGGGGCUCAUGUGUGCCUUGAAUGUGGAAAGACCUUUGUUACAGCCAGUGUCUUAACCGAGCACUUAAGAAUUCAUACUGGAGAAAAAUAUUCCAAGUGCUCACACUGUGGAAAGACUUUCGCUCAGUCAGAAAACCUGAAAAUACAUGAGAGAAUUCAUACUGGAGAAAAACCUUACAAGUGUUCACACUGUGGAAAGUGUUUCACUCAGUCAGAAAACCUGAAAAAACACGAGAGAAUCCAUACUGGAGAAAAACCAUUCAAGUGUUCACACUGUGGAAAGAGUUUCAAUCAGUCAGAAAACCUGAAAAAACACGAGAGAAUCCAUACUGGAGAGAAAUCUUACAAGUGUUCAAAUUGUGGAAAGAGUUUCAAUCAGUCAGAAAACCUGAAAAAACACAAGAUAAUUCAUACUGGAGAAAAACCUUUCAAGUGCUCACACUGUGAAAAGAGAUUCGCUCAGUCACAGUACCUGAAAAAACAUGAGAGAAUUCAUACUGGAGAGAAAUCUUAAGUGCUCUCACUCUGGAAAGAGUUUCUUCAAUCAGAGAACCUGAAAAAACACGAGAGAAUUCAUACUGGACAGGAACCUUAACACUGCUCUUCAUGUGGGAUAAGUUUCAGCGCAGCAAGUGAUCUACAUAGAAAUGUAAAUAGCAGUUGCCCAAGUAGUCACACUGAGCAAAAAUCAUCUUCAGGUCCUACAAGAUCAAGUAAAUAGCUGGUAAUGCAGAUAAACCCAAAGACUCUGAUAGUACAUGUACAUCACCUACAUAUACACUACUGGUCAAAAGUUUUGAAACACUCAUUCUUUAUUAUAAUUUUUCUUCACAUUUUAGAAUAAUAGUAAAGUCAUCUAAACUAUGGAAUAACAUAAAUGGAACUAUGGGAAUUAUGUUGUGACUAAACAAAAUCCAAAAUAAAUCAAAACUGUGUUAUAUUUUAGCGUCUUCAAAGUAGUCACCCUACAUGUACUCUUGACAUUUUCUCAACCAACUUCUUGAGGUAUCACCCUGGGAUGCUUUUUAAACAGUAUUGAAGGAGUUCCCAUCUAUGUUGGGCACUUAUUGGCUGCUUUUCUUUAUUAUUUGGUCCAAGUCAUCAAUUUCAAAAACUACUUUUUUUAAAUUUUAUUUUUAUAAUGAAAUAAAUGAAUAUGGUGGCACAAUUCUAUUUUUGUCUACAAAACUAAUUUCAAACAUUUAAGCAUACGCCUUAAAAUCAAAAGAUUUUUAAGAGCAUGAGAAACAUUUCAGGCAAGUGACCCCAAACUUUUGACCAGUAGUGUAUAUUUGAUGUGUGUUAACAUCUGGGAGAUUUGUUUUUUUCAUUUGUUCAUCUGCAGUAUGUCUGUAAGUUGUUUCCUCUCGGAUGUCCAUAAGACAUUCAGCAGAAGUCUUGGAGGCGUUCAGUUUUUUUUUAGUCAAAUCUUUUUAAGAUGUUUAGCAGAUGUUAAUUUGAUUGUAAUGCUUUCCAGAUCAAAAGAUCUAAAACGGGCGUCUCAGAGAUAUACAUGUGCUAUCUGGGGAUGAAAGUUCGCCCAAUUAAGCAGCAUCAUUUAAGAGAAUAACAAAGGGCAUGUAUCCCUUCUAUUGUCUUAGGGUUUGUUUGUUUUUUGAGGACAGGUAAUGAAUACAUUAUCAAUACAGGAUAGUUUUUGGUAUUGGAACCAAAUGUUGUUACUUGGUCAGGACCAUAAAAACAAGCUAAAGAAAAUUAAAAUUAAAUGUUGUAUUUAUUUUAAGAGAAAACCAGUUGUUCUUGUUCCUUUCAUUGUCUUAAUGGGUUAAUUUUGUCCUGUAUGGGAAGAACCAGUUUUGACCUUUCACCUUUCACCUUUGGACUUUGUGUGUUAUGCAGCUUUAAAUAUUUUUUUUGUACAUCUAUGAAUCAAAUUUGACCUAAAAAUAUUUCACAUUAUCUCAUAUUUAGCCCCUAGCCCCAUAGUGUUCUCUAGAACCUGCACGCCCCCACCCCCUACCUGCUCCAGUGGGCAUCUUUCCCACAAACUGCAUACUUUCCCCUCAAACAGAGUUUGUGCACACAUAAUAUGUUGGUAAAUCUGUUUAUAUUUCAAAUAUUUCAGAUCUAGAAUAUAUGAAAGUUCCACUUUUUGAAUUAAAUUAUGGAAAAAAACGUUUCCACGAUAUUCAAAUUUUUUGAGAUGCACCUGUAUAUAUAUAUAUAUAUAUAUAUAUAUAUAUAUAUAUAUAUUAUGCACGCCACACACUCUUAAUUUCUCCACAGAAAUGUAAUAAUGAACAUCAUUCCGGUGGAUCGACUUGCUGACAGACAUUCAUUUGUUGAUUUUCUCCAUAAACAAUUAUUUGUAGGUGUGAUAUUAAAUAUAAAUGUGUUUGAUUUGAUAAAGAUGGCACUCAUAUGAAUGAAAAGAACAUGAUGUAAAAGUGUAACAGAGACAUUUUUUUGUUUAUUGACAACAAAUGAAGAGAAGCAGAGAUGUCUCCGCUAAACUUAAGUGGUAAGAAAUGUAUUUUUAUGUUGGUCCGGUUAAGUUUAAUUAAAUGUUUAUUCAAUGUUUAAUAUCUGUCAAUCAUUUUCUGAUUUAAAAACACUCAACUGUGUUGAUGUGAUUGUUAUUUGGGAGAAUUUACUAGAAUUUACUUUUCAAUAUCU